CCACGCGGAGAGCUCUGGGAACGUAGCAUCUUCGCCCACAGCUGCAGCCUUGAGAGAAAGGCGCGCGAACACGCCUAUUAAUUGCACACUCACCUCGCCAUCUUCUUCGCUCCUGCGUCUGCCCCGCGAAAUCGAAUUGUGGGCGCCCUCGGUCCCACCACGAGAUCCCCUACCCCAGACACGACACGACACUUGAAAGAAACACACCAUGGCCGACUUCGAGGCUCUCAAGGACCAGUGGAGUGAGGUUGAGGACAGAGAUGGCGUCCGCCUCAGCUGGAACACCCUGCCCAGCUCGCGCAUGGAAGCUUCGCGCCUUGUUGUUCCCAUCGGCGCUCUGUACACGCCAUUAAAGGAGAAGACAGACACCCCACUGCUCCAGUAUGAGCCAGUAUCUUGCAGGGCACCCUGCCGCUGUGUCCUCAACCCAUUCUGCCAGGUCGACAUGCGCGCACGCGUGUGGAUAUGUCCCUUCUGUCUCCAGCGAAACCAGCUGCCCGCGCACUACAAAGACAUUUCUGCGGACCAGAUUCCUCCCGAGCUCCACCCAAGCAGCACCACCAUUGAGUACCGUCUCCCUCGGCCAGCAGACUCUCCGCCCAUAUUCGUCUUCGUUGUGGAUACCUGCCAGGAGGAGGACAGCUUGAAGGCACUCAAGGACUCGAUCAUCAUGAGCUUGAGCUUGCUCCCACAGUACGCUCUGGUUGGAUUGAUCACAUACGGCACCAUGUGCCAAAUUCACGAACUGGGUUACGCCGAAUGCGCCAAAUCGUACGUCUUCCGCGGCAGCAAAGACUACAGCUCGAAGCAGAUCCAGGAUAUGCUGGGCCUAGGUCAGAUGGCUCCUCGCCCAAAUAUGCAACAACAGCCCGGACGGCCUAUGAUGGGUCCCCCCAACCCGGCUGCUGCGCGCUUCCUCCUGCCCGUGUCGCAGUGCGAGUUCCAGUUGACAAACGCUCUUGAGCAGCUCCAGAGAGAUCCCUGGCCGGUUGCGAACGACAAGCGCGCCUUGAGAUGCACAGGUGUCGCGCUGAGCGUUGCUGCGGGUCUUUUGGAGACAAACUUCGUGAACAAGGGAGCCAGGAUCAUGCUCUUCAGCGGUGGUCCGGCUACCGAGGGUCCUGGUAUGGUCGUUGGUCCGGAGCUGCGAGAACCCAUUCGAUCGCAUCACGACAUCGACCGCGACAAUAUCAAGUACUACAAGAAGGCACUCAAGUUCUACGAGACCCUCGCCAAGCGCGUCGCACACAAUGGACAUAUCGUCGACAUCUUCGCGGGAUGUCUCGACCAAGUUGGUCUGCUCGAAAUGAGAGGACUUGCCAACACCACUGGUGGUCACAUCAUCCUGACGGAUAGCUUCACAUCUUCCAUGUACAAGCAGUCCUUCGCUCGUAUUUUCAACAAGGAUGGGGAAGACAAUCUUCUGAUGGCCUUCAACGCCAACCUUGAGGUUCUGACCACGAAGGAGCUGAAGGUUACUGGUCUCAUUGGGCACGCCGUCUCGUUGAACAAGAAGUCCGCGUCUGUGGGUGAGACCGAGUGCGGUAUCGGUAACACUUGCGCGUGGAAGAUGUGCGGUAUCGACCCUGAUUCCAGUUACGGUAUCUACUUCGAGAUUGCCAACCAAGGAGGUCCGAAUCAGAUGCAAGCUGGUCCACAGAAGGGAAUGAUGCAAUUCAUCACACACUACCAGCAUUCAGAUGGUCAAUACCACUUGAGAGUAACAACGGUUGCCCGCAAUAUGAGUGGACCUUCCGGCGACCCCGCCAUCGCUCAAUCAUUCGACCAGGAAGCCGCCGCCGUCCUUAUGUCAAGAAUAGCAGUGUUCAAGGCCGAGGUUGACGAUGGCCCAGAUGUUUUGCGAUGGGUUGACCGCAUGCUCAUCAGAUUGUGUUCGCGCUUUGCCGAGUACAGAAAAGAUGACCCAACAUCUUUCAGGCUCGAGAAGAACUUCACUCUUUACCCGCAGUUCAUGUUCCAUCUCCGACGUUCUCAGUUCUUGCAGGUUUUCAACAACUCGCCUGAUGAGACCGCUUUCUACCGACAUGUUCUGAACCACGCGGAUGUCGGCAAUUCGCUCAUCAUGAUCCAACCUACCCUGGACAGCUACGGAUUUGAUCACGAGGGCGGCCAGCCUGUGUUGCUCGACUCGACUUCCAUCCAGUCCGAGACUGUCCUGCUACUGGACACUUUCUUCCAUAUCCUCAUCUUCCACGGCGAAACCAUGGCCGAGUGGCGCAAAGCCGGCUACCAAGACCAAGAAGGAUACGAGAACUUCCGGACACUGCUCGAAGCGCCAAAGGAGGACGCCAAAGACCUCAUCCAGGACCGCUUCCCGCUGCCCCGAUUCAUCGUUUGCGACGCCGGCGGCUCGCAGGCCCGUUUCUUGCUCUCCAAGCUCAACCCGUCCAAUACACACACCACCACCGGUUCGUACGGCGGCGUGGCACAGACAGCGCAGACUAUCUUCACGGACGACGUCAGCUUGCAGACGUUUAUGGACCAUCUGAUGAAACUUGCGGUCACGGGCUCAAGUUAGAAAAGUGAGCUGUCUAUGGAAAAUGACUUUCAGCCCGCGUGGACUGCGUAUUUAUAGCGAGAUGUUGGAAGACAAGGACUGGCGUCACACUUUUAUUUAGUGAAGGGGUUAGAGGAUGAUGAUGGGUUGGAGGGUGUUUUGACGGCCGUUCACGAUGGCUGGUUGGUUGUUGGGGAGCGGAUGCGUCAGAUUAGCUGUACAAACUAUAUCAUUGCUUCUUGACAC